GCCAGUUGCAACACCCUCCCCCCUUCGCUCUUGGCUUCUCACUCGCCGCCGUCUUGCCGCUAGCCUGUCUCACCUCGCGGCCGGCAGCCUUGCGCGACGCGCCGCGCUCUUUCUCAUUCAAAAUUAUUCGCAACCAUUGCAAAAACUCUCUGUGCAAUAAAAAUAUUAUUUUAUUUUUCGAUGCGGUCUCAAUUAAUAGUUGAAACAGAGAGAUUAUUAAAACUUUCCAAACAAAUUAAGUGCCUUUUAAAACUUUGAAUGCACUCCUCGUUGCAUGUCCCGCGCGCGUCGUUAUGAGAACCCCGUACUGGCGGUCACGUUGACGUCGCGCGGUGCCGCCAUAUCUGUCUCGGCCACCAACUAGCAAAAUUAAUAGGAUAGAAACAAAUUUUUAUGUCACCUCACUAGAAGAAUGCAAUGACCCGGCAUAUUCGCUUUUUGAAAUUUACCUUCACCCGAAUGGAAUGAGGAGUGCACAAUCCCAUUGUUUCACAGUUUCAUAUGUUUGAUCUUCAUUUGUUUUUUUGUUUUUCGGACGAUUAGAGAGUUAUCAUUUUCUUCCAAAAUUACAAAAAUUGCAAAUUAAAGAAUGGCGGAGGGCAAUGGAGAAAUAUCCAUUGAAGAGGUAGCUGGGAAGGACUCCGAUAUUGGCCGAACACCAGAUUACCGCAAACUCAUCGACUAUGGCUUGGAUCCUAAGGUGGCAGCCAAGCUGGACGACAUUUAUAAGACUGGAAAGCUAGCGCACGCUGAAUUGGACGAGCGUGCGUUAGAUGCCUUAAAAGAAUUUCCAUCCGACGGUGCUUUAAGUGUACUUGGACAGUUUUUAGAUUCAAAUCUUGAGCAUGUAUCAAAUAAAAGUGCUUAUUUGUGUGGAGUCAUGAAGACCUAUAGGAUUUUCUCGUCUUCCAGACAGAAAAGCAGAGCGGGCGUGCAGGGCACGCCCACGCUGUCCACUGCUGUCCAGGUCAAAGGCCCAGAUGAAGAGAAAAUAAAACAAAUCCUGGCCAGAACUGGCUAUACAUUAGAUGUAACUACAGGGCAGCGCAAGUACGGGGGCCCGCCGCCGGGCUGGGAGGGCGGCACACCCGGCGCCGGCUGCGAGGUGUUCUGCGGCAAGAUCCCCAAGGAUAUGUACGAGGACGAGCUCAUACCGCUGUUUGAGCGCUGCGGGCCCAUCUGGGACCUGCGGCUCAUGAUGGACCCCAUGACGGGGACCAACCGCGGGUACGCCUUCGUCACCUUCACCACCAGGGACUCGACGCAGCGGGCCGUUCAAGAGCUCGAUAAUCACGAAAUAAAACCUGGGAAGACUCUGAGAAUUAAGAUUAGCGUACCGAAUCUUCGACUUUUCGUCGGCAACAUUCCCAAGUCUAAAGGCAAAGAGGAGAUACUGGAAGAGUUUGGUAAAUUAACAGCGGGACUCAUCGAAGUUAUAAUAUAUAGUUCGCCCGAUGACAAGAAGAAAAAUAGAGGAUUUUGUUUUUUGGAAUACGAGUCUCACAAAGCGGCGUCAUUAGCUAAACGUAGAUUGGGCACAGGUAGAAUAAAGGUGUGGGGCUGUGAUAUUAUAGUGGAUUGGGCCGAUCCACAAGAGGAGCCCGACGAGCAAACUAUGAGUAAGGUUAAGGUACUGUACGUGAGGAAUUUAACGCAAGAUAUAACAGAAGAAGCGCUGAAAGAAGAAUUUGAAAACUUCGGCACCGUGGAACGUGUAAAGAAGAUCAAGGACUACGCAUUCGUGCACUUCGACGAUCGGGACUGUGCAGUAAAGGCUAUGCAAGAGAUAGAUGGAAAGGAUUUGGGCGGAGCGCGGCUGGAGGUAUCGCUGGCGAAACCGCCCUCCGACAAGAAGAAGAAAGAAGAAAUACUGCGCGCACGCGAGCGACGCAUGAUGCAGACGUUACACGUUCGCGGCGGAUUUGAUUGGUGCAGCUGCUCGCCCGUGCACGGCGGCCUGCGCGGACGCACGCCGCAGCCGCCGCCGCGACCGCCCCAGGCCCGCGGCGACUACGAUUAUGAUUACGACUAUUACGGGUACGGUGAUUACCGAGGUGGCUACAAUGAGCCAUUUUACCGGUACGAUGAGUUCUAUUUUGAUUACGCGGGGCCACCGCAACCGUCCGCCGUCCGCCAGCCUCCGAACAGAGCGCAACCGGACGAUGAGCUCGGUCUCGGGGCCAACUCGCUUUACUACGAUGUAACCGGAGGCAUUCAGGGGGCUGGGUCAUGUGGGACGGGCGGGCGAUGGGCGCGGCGCGGGGCGGCGGCGGGCCCGGCGGCGGCGCCGGCCGCGGCUGGCUGCCGUGGUGGUGCACGACGCGCCGCGCGUGGCCGCCGCACGCCCAGCGCCAUGCGUGGCAACCCGCGCGCCAAGCCAAGUUUACCAGGCAAACGUAAAUUCGAGGGGGGUCAUCAGAACCAAGGGGGGGACACGAAGCGGCGGUUAAGCGCGGCGGCGGCCGCCGCGUGCGGCUGGGGCGAGGCGGCCAGCUGCGCCAGCUAGUGGCCGCCGCCGCGCCCCCCGCCGCCCCCCUCGUCCCCCUCCGCGCCCCCGCCGCCCCCCGCGGCCGCGCCGAGCCGCGCCCCUGCCCCGGAGACACUACAAGCUGCGCAGGGGAGGCUCGCCGGCGACGCGCGCGCUCGCGGACCAAGGCUCCGUUCUCGGCCGGUCCCCGCCCUGUACCGAGGGGAUCGCUCUACUUUUUUUUCUAUAUAUGUGUUUUUUUAUUUGAUUUUCAAGUUUUCGAUUUUGUAUCGCAUCGAUUCCAUAAAAAUCUUAAAGUAGGACGUUAUGAAAUGUUUCGAAUGUAAGUUUCCCGUUAUGCUUAUGUUUUUUCUGUCGUAUUAGCCGUAGGUAUGUAUUGUUUAAUAUAUACAUUAUUAUGUGGAGGGCGCGCGGCCGCGGUUGCCUGUUUGCGGUCGCGCGCUCGGGUCGCGGACCCGUCGACUGUCUGUUUUUUUUAAUACAUGUUAUUCAAUAUAUUUUAUUCCUGAGAACGCAUUUUGCGAUGUGAUGUGUAUUUUAGCAGUAAUUAUUAUAUUGUAAGGAGUUUGACUGUUGUUUUUUGACACACUUACAACUUAGGUUAUUUGAGGUUAUGAAUUAAUAUAAUGAAUUGAACUCUGACAAUUAGAUGCGGCUAAAAUGGUAUCGUCCGCCUCCCGUGUGGCCCGUAUAAGGUGUGUGGGUAACACGGAGCUCGCGUUCUUUAGGCACCGCUAGUCGAGGGUGAAUCGAAUUAGGACGAAAUGACUGAUGACAAUAACGGCUGAUGUGAACCCAAAACAAACAAACAAACGUCCACUCUCAAUAUCUGUAAUCGACAACAUUUCCCGAUUUGUUCCUGCUUUAGUUUUUUUUUUGCUUUAUUUUUAUUACAUAUUUCCAUUUAAAAUACAUUAGUGUGAGGAAGUAGUAUUGUAAAGUCAGGAUUUCUGUAAUGUUUAUUAUUGCUGUACUAAACUUAAACAUUUUUGUAUUUCUACCACAUAGCAUGUCCAUACUGUUAGAAUUCGUGACUUGUAUCAACCUUGUAUCAGUUUAAUAUGUGGAAUAAAUUUGCAAAACUGUGUUUGCCUUAUUA